AAAAAAAAAAAAAAGUAACUUCCUAUACCGGAUGCAGUUGAUUCACUGUGCGUUUUAUUGUUUCUUCUUGCUUGUUGUUGCUUUUGGUCAUAAUGAGUGCGCCACCCGAGCCACGCGACACAUCCUUUGUUAUUUUAAUCAGUGCGAGUCCUUGCUGCGUCACGAUAGGGGAAUCUACUAUUGCUAUAUUGUAUUGUCCUUUUCCUGAACACAAAAUAAGGUUAAAACGUAUUCACAUGCGUGAUUCCACGACACUCGGCGGAUAUAGCAAUACGCAGUCUCAUUCAGAAAAAGAGAAACAUUUGCGCUCUACUUAAUUUGACGGAUCUGCAGACAAGCCGUUACUGCCUGUGUUCCCACGGCCACUUACUGCAGCUUCCCUAACCAUAUGGCCCAGCAGCGGCAUUCAUGCGCCGCUUCUUCAGCAUGCAAGCCCGCGUGCGCGCACUGUCCAGAGAGGCAGUAGAGACAUGCAGUUGUGAUGUGAAAAAACGCCAUUUGGUUAGGAGCAGAUGGUUGGCUUGGGGGGCUGUCCGCGUCUUCAGAGAGAGUCCCCGAGGGCUCCCCUUGUAUUCAGAAUCAAUGAAAAUUAAAGCGCAAAGAAAGAUGAAGAGUCAGAGCUCGAGUCCCGGCUUUGUUUGUCGCAGCUACUGGUGGGCAGGAGUUAAAGUACAACAGCCCCCUAUAGAAACACUUAAGUUAAACAGUCUCCUCAUAGUCCACCUUCAGAAAAGAGGAGGGAUGCGAGAAAGGAGCUUUCUGCUUGAUUUAACCAGGACAGAAUCGCGUGGCAUAAAUUAUGCUUGAAAAGAAUAAGCGAAGUGGGCAUAAAUCUGAGGGUUUUCAGUGACGCUUUGCUGGGCUAAUCGGGAAAUGUGUGCAACGUCAGGCCAAAUAAUAGUGCGAUGAUAGCUGCGUGACAUGGUUCCGCUCUUAUUUACGGCUAGCGUAAGUGUGAGUGUGUUGCUAUGACACCUGUCGCGCGAUAACGCAUCCCAUCGCGUCCGCAAACGCAUUCGAUAAAACGCAUUCUUUUCGUCAUGCAUCAAAUGGCAAAACUGAUUCCCCACAACGCGUCACCGAUGCACAUAUUGUUGCAUUCCUCCGGAAAGCGCUUUUAAUUAACGCACUAAUGAAGACCACCCUCACACACACAAACAAACGCUCACGAGACAGAGGGAAAAGAGCGCGAGCGCGAUUCGUUUAACAACACGAACGAUUAAGAGGAAACUUCCUCGUCAAAUUAAACGCAAAAUAAUUGAUAAAACGCCAAAACAACAGAAGCUGCUAGGUACUUUUGUCAGGGAUGACGUGUAGAGAGGGGAGCUCUUUCUCCCCGCGACAUUGUGAGGGGAGCAGGUGCUGUGUGAAUUACCAUACAGCUGAGAGCACAGAGAGAGAGAGAGAGAGAAACUUAUUCUCCCCUCACACAAUAACAAAGUGCCUUAAUGACAGCCACGCGAACGACACACACCAGCUCGGCGUUUACAAUCCAAACUCUGAACUUAUAGAGUCACCAAAACUCAAACCACUGAAAUGAAGUGUUGUUUCAAAAGGUAAAGAAGGUUCAUACAUGUUUUACCUGAUUAUGAGACGAGCUAAGUCGCCUACUUGGACUUUUUCUGAACGGAAGUAAAUUGCUAUGGUAAAAUUGGUUGACUGAAAGUAGACAUAACCUUAAUUGCUUUAAUUUAGGGAGAAAAUCAGAAAAUGAUAACCAAUAUAUGGUAAAAUAUAGUUAAAACUGUGGUAAAAUAUGUAAACGUAAAGAAUGAUUGUGUGUUAUUUCAGAACAUUUUACAAUAACAACCUUUUACUAGCUCAAAUAUGUUUUUAACUUAUUAAAUUCGUCUAAAAAGUGAAAAAGUUAGCACCCCAAAACCCAUAAGCUAUACGUUUUAAUGACUAAUAAAAGGCAAAACAUCCAGAGUUUUCAGUAUUGCAUUGAACGGCUCAUCUGUAUUUUGUCCCGUUAUCAGGAAUGCGACAUUCCUGCAAUGUGUGAUGUAAUUUGUGGUUUUAGGUCAGAGUGGGAUGUACAGGAUUCUCAAGGUUUCUUAUUUUCCUGUAUGUAAAUUAGAUUUUAUCUCUCUCUCUCUCUCUCUCUCUCCCACUCCCUCUCCCAGUGGCAAAGAGUUGCACAUUUUACAGCUCAGUGACCAUUUGCCGAUUUUUUUCUUUUCUUGGGGGGUUGGGGAUGGUGUGGAUUGAAAAGUGUCCCUUUGUGACAACCAGAGCCAGAUUGGGGAGUAGCUCAUUUGCAUCUCAUUACCCUAGCAGUCGCUGCCUGUAUAUAACCGGCUGCAGGAGGACUGCGACAUUAUACACGCACAAUCCAGUCAGUCUCUCACAUGGAAACAAGAGUACGGGAGGAAAGUUUGGAUCAGUAGUUUGGAUCAUCUCCACGCCAACUGUACGAACGGAAAAUAAGCCAAACACGCGUAGAUAACCCUGUUAUUGGGUUUUUCUGCAUUUUUCUUCCUAAACUAACCGCAAGUGGACUGCAAACUUUUGCCAACUUGGAGUAUUCGUCUUCUGAGGGAAUUUCCUGUUCGUCCCCAUUAUUGCGCAUCUUUAUAUUCGUAUUUGGGAUUUAAUUGCUUGAUUUUGUCAAAGGGGACUUUAAUGGGCUUGCAUGAGCAGAUAAAGUGAACGCAACAGAGCAUCAACCAGAGCUGCCUCCCACUGAGUGGAGAACUUCGAGUCUCAAUGAUUUAUUGAGACACGGUCUCAUACAAUCGCCUGGCCCGUGGAAGCUUAACAACAAAGUUCAGAUCAUCUCCACCAUGGGACGACUUAUGAUAGCGGCUUUGCUGUGUGUCGUGAUAAGCCAGGGGUUUUGUUCAGGGGUUUUCGAGUUAAAGUUGCAAGAGUUUCUUAACAAGAAAGGGCUGACAGGCAACGCAAACUGCUGCAAAGGAUCCGCGCCAGAGGCUCAGCAGUGUGAAUGCAAAACCUUUUUUAGGAUUUGCCUGAAACAUUACCAAGCCAAUGUAUCUCCAGAUCCUCCGUGCACCUACGGUGGCGCCGUUACCCCAGUGCUGGGAUCAAACUCCUUCCAAGUUCCCGAGAGUUUUCCUGACAGCUCAUUCACCAACCCCAUUCAGUUCUCCUUUGGAUUCACAUGGCCGGGAACCUUUUCGCUGAUUAUCGAAGCGUUGCACACCGAUUCCAAUGAUGAUCUGUCGACAGAAAACCCAGAACGUCUCAUCAGUCGUAUGACCACCCAGAGGCAUCUAACCGUGGGCGAGGAAUGGUCCAAAGAUCUACAGGUUGGUGGGAGGACAGAGCUGAAGUACUCGUACAGAUUCGUUUGUGACGAGCAUUACUACGGCGAGGGCUGCUCUGUCUUCUGCCGCCCCCGCGACGACACUUUCGGCCACUUUACCUGCGGAGAGCGCGGAGAAAUCAUCUGCAACUCCGGAUGGAAAGGACAGUACUGCACAGAACCAAUCUGUCUUCCGGGAUGCGAUGAAGACCAUGGAUACUGCGACAAACCUGGUGAAUGCAAAUGCAGAGUGGGAUUUAGUGGAAAGUACUGUGACGACUGCAUCCGCUAUCCGGGCUGCUUGCAUGGCACCUGCCAACAGCCAUGGCAAUGCAACUGCCAAGAGGGUUGGGGAGGCCUCUUCUGUAACCAAGAUCUUAAUUACUGCACACAUCACAAACCGUGCCAGAAUGGGGCCACUUGCACCAACACUGGCCAGGGAAGCUACACCUGCUCAUGCAGACCUGGCUUCACAGGAGACAGCUGUGAGAUUGAGGUCAACGAAUGCUCUGGCAGCCCGUGCAGAAAUGGAGGAAGUUGCACUGAUCUUGAAAACACCUACAGCUGCACAUGUCCUCCUGGUUUCUAUGGAAGAAACUGCGAGUUGAGCGCCAUGACUUGCGCCGACGGACCCUGCUUCAAUGGUGGACGCUGCGCUGACAACCCUGAUGGAGGAUACUUCUGUCAGUGCCCGACGGGCUACGCUGGUUUCAACUGUGAAAAGAAGAUUGAUCACUGCAGCUCCAACCCUUGCUCGAAUGGUGCCCAAUGUCUAGAUCUUGUGGACUCCUAUCUUUGUCAGUGUCCUGAGGGUUUCACCGGAACGCACUGUGAAGACAACAUCGAUGAGUGUGCCGCCUAUCCCUGUCAGAAUGGCGGCACAUGCCAAGACGGACUCAACGACUACACCUGCACCUGCCCACCUGGAUACACUGGCAAGAACUGCACCUCUGUGGUCAACAAGUGCGUCCACAACCCUUGCCACAACGGUGCCACUUGUCACGAGAGGGACGGACGCUAUGUGUGCGCUUGCAUCCCAGGUUACGGAGGACGUAACUGUCAGUUCUUGCUCCCAGAGAACUCACAGGGACAAGCCGUUGUUGAGGAAGCCGACAAAAUUUACUCUUACGCCGAGGACGAUGGUGCCUUUCCUUGGACGGCGGUUUGCGCUGGGAUUAUUUUAGUGCUUUUAGUCCUGAUCGGUGGCGCUGUCUUGGUCGUCUACAUCCGUCUUAAGCUGCAGCAGAGGAGCCAGCAAGUCGAUAGCCAUAGCGAAAUCGAGACCAUGAACAACCUGACCAACAACUGCAGCCGAGACAAGGACUUGUCCGUAAGUGUCAUCGGAACCACGCAAGUGAAGAACAUCAACAAGAAAGUGGACUUUCAGAGCGACGCCACAGGCGGAGAAAAAAACGGAUUCAAAUCUCGUUAUUCUCUAGUGGAUUACAAUCUUGUUCAUGAGCUAAAGCAGGAGGACUUGGGGAAAGAGGACUCUGAGAAGAUCGAAGCGACAAAGUGCGAGGCUUUCGAUUCCGACUCAGAGGAGAAACACAGAAAUCAUUUAAAAAGUGAUUCUUCAGAGAGGAAACGUACAGAAUCAUUGUGCAAAGACACAAAGUACCAGUCAGUCUUUGUUUUAUCAGAAGAGAAGGAUGAAUGUAUUAUUGCAACCGAGGUGUAACGCCACAACAGAGCUGUAGCUCGUCUUGUUCUACAGGAGGUUUUACUCCAGUAAUGCUGCUCAAACCAGAGGGAAGGUUUCCUUCAUGUGACUGCUGCUGUGAAACUUAUGUUGAAGGUGAUAUUCAGAAUGAGCUGGUUCUCAACUGAAGUAAACACAGUGACUGCAGGAAAGGACGUUGGGCCAUACUGGCUCGGACUCUCAAAGUUUGUUUCCCAGGAACGUGCCAAGUGGACUCGCUGCACUUCCUGUAGGGACGGUUUUACCUCAUUGCACUAUGAUGGGUUGUAUUUUUAAUGUAUUUAACACACAUUUGAAUCGAAUACUGUGUAUGCAUAUGCACUGACUGCAGUGUGUAUCUGGAAGUUCUCUGAUCAUUUCAUAGAUCAGUAGAGGAAAAACACUGCCAUCAGAUAUGUUUGUUACUGUUUUGGCUUUUGAAAGCUUGUAUUUCUUUUAUUUAAAUGUUAUUUGUGAUCGAUGUGUUUGUGGUUUCUUGUGUGUGUGAAGUUUGAUGUAAUUUAAAAUCUUUUUCAUUUUGAAAAUUUGUCUAUUGUAAAUAAGGCACUUCGGGUCGAUGUGACUUUUCUGAUGUAAAUGUAUUUAAACACGCUGUCAGAAUUACAGGAAUUGUUUUUAUGACUGUUGCCCAUGAAAAAAAAUCACCGUAAUAUUUUUCCAAAUAAAUCCUGUAUGAAAUAUCACAAAAUUGGUCAGGUAUUACUGUGUUAAUGAACUCUUUGCUACUAUCUUUGAGCCAAUUUGUUAAUUUUGCCAGAUUUAGGUGACAAAUGUAAAAUGUUUUCCCUUUUCACCUCACCAAGUAAGACAAAGACACACCCGGUAAGACAAAUUACAGCCUCGAUCUUGAUGGCAGGGUAUUUUUGGGAUGCAAGAGCUCUUUGACAAAAACAUCAAACCACUUUUUGCAAAUGGUUUGGUUGAAGUUUCUGUUUGGUGGAACAUUUUAUGUCAAAGCUGUAGCCAAGCUCAUUAUGUGACUUAUAUAGAGCAGAUGGAGAACAGGAACACUCACUUAGCAUCUUAAUAUGAAUUAAAUAUGCAGUACUUUCUUUUUUACAAUUCAAAACAAUCUGCAAGCAUAACUAUAUAUUUAAGGGUUAACUUGUGCUCACUUAUUCGAGCAGUCAGCUGAAUAGCACUAUGAAGUCAUUACUGGUUUUCAUCUAUAUUGUAUUUAAGGAAUGGCAUUUUAUGGGUAUUCAGAGCAUAACAUUCUAUCUUUAUGCUUUUAAAAAAGAUCUACAGAACACCUCUUGAACACAUUUGUAACUUCUGUCAAGUCACA